AUGGCUAACGGCCCGGCCUCGUUCUUCAUGGUGGCGAAGCUGCUUGUGUUGCUUCUCCGGCCCUUGCUUGUCCGCAGCGCUGAUGGCUGCAGCCCUGAACUCCUGCGCCGGGAAUCUGGGAAAUACUUUCGAUUGCUGGAGGAUGACGAGCGUCGAACGACAUGUUCGGAGAUCACCGGCGGUCAAUGCCCAAUCGCGGUCCCUGUGCUAGGAAACCCCUGCCUGGUAAGCUGCGUUGCCUCCGAAACAGAUUGUGCGAAGAUCAACCCGCACACAGCAGGGGUCAACCCCUCGGAAGAUCCGCAGCUGUGCUCAACAUGCGACAUUACUGCCUGCAGGUUUUGCACAUUCGAGCACGGGGCGGCAGCUUGCCACUCGUGCUUCGAUGGCUUUGAGCUGAUAGAGCACGCAGAUGGCACGCAGGAGUGCAUAGUCUUUGGGCAAACCGCCAUCGUUUACAUCGCGUACAUUCUGAUGACAGUUAUUCUGGCAGCAGUUUUACUGGUACUGGCCGGCACCUGCUACGUCGCUGCCGCGCAGCAUAUGAAGCGAACUUGGUCUGCCCCGGCUGGGGAUCUGACGGCCGGCCUCCUCACAGGAACUUCAGCCGGUGUGCCCAUCUGGAGCGACGACAUCGAGCCUGCGAAGGCGAAGAGCCACAACGAGAAAGCCAUUGCGCAUGGUCUGUUGACUUCGCUCGAGGCCUCCAUCAAGUUCAACGCGCUGCGCCGUGCUGCAACCCGCAGUGGACAGCAAGACCUGAAGAGGAUGAUUGAGGCAACCCUCGACACUGCUGAUGAUCUCGGAGUUGGACUCCAGCUGUUUUACAACACCCAGAUCUUUCUGAUUGCUUUCAGUUUGCUUGGUUUCGGCGUGGCCUUCUUCUUCCUGCGCAUACUUACGCCAGGUGCGACGUUGACCGAAUUGAUGGAGGAGGCUGCCGUUUGCCCCACCUCCCUGGCACAGCUCAGGAGUUUCGAAGAGCAGGUCGUCGCUCGAGAGACGCUUCGUGCGGAACGUGGCCAGGUGAUGGGUAUAGUCUUGUGGUUCUGCGGUGUCUGGCUUUCUUGGGGCUUCCACUACUACCAGAAGUUCUACAUGAGGAAGUACGAUGCGCAGCAUCAGACUUCCGACGACUACACGUUGAUGUUGGAAGAUGUGCCUCGUGAGGUGACUUCCGAACGCGCUUUGCAAGAACGCCUGGAAGCCGAGUUCAGCAUACAGGGCGGCAUCUACGGUGUGUGUAUCUUGUACGACCUGCUUCACGUCCCAGCUGAAAUCCAAGAACGGAUCGAAGCCAUGUUGGAGCACAUCAUCGAGUGGGACGACAUGUGCAAUGGCUGGGCCAAGCAGGAUUUCUCGGUGUCCAAGGAUCAGCUCAAGCUGGAACUGGAAAAGGAUGCCGCAGAUUUCCAGAACAUCCUGCGUGAGCACUUGAGGUGUUGUGGUCGUGCCUACAUCAUCUUCUCGACGCAGGUGUCCAUGAUUCGGAUCCUUCGCGAGAGACGUGGCAUUCGCAAGAACGUGCUUGCACCAUCGGCUGAAACAGAUGCGGAUGCCAAGGAGAUCAGAAUGGCUGGCAUUCGCUGGCGCGGGGACCAGCCGGAUGGUCUCCGCUUCUGGAAAGCCGAGGAGACUCCGGCAGAGCGACGGGUCACUCUGUCAGUGCUGCCAGCGCGCCAGUUUGCGUACAUCCUUGUUUACAUCUUCGUGGCCCAGCUGUUCUUCUAUUUCAUGCAGAAGCCGUGGCACGACUCCUCACUGGAAGGUGCGAGCGGGGCUAAGGGCGUGCAGCUGGCGGGCAAGGGAGUCUUACUGGUGAACUUUGCGAUUCAAACGGCUGUCGCCUUCGACGUGGACGAAGCAAAGAUAAUCCGCAUAUCGAAGGUCGAUGAGAUCACUUUCCUUUGGAACACUUUGCUGAUGGCCAUAACACUGCUCUACGUCCUGAUCCAAGAGUGUGACAAAGCCGGCAUGAGCUCGACGUUUUUGCCUCCGAGCGAGGCAUACUCCGAAGACUGGUGGCUGUGGCGGCGAGGUUUGUUCCGAUCUGUCUUAGCAGAGAUCCAAGCCUACGACUCGCUUCUGUCCGUCUUUACUGAGCAGACCAUAAUGCUCUAUGUGCUUGGCGAGGUUGGCAAUGUCAUUGGGCCAGUUGCCUUUUUCUGGCUCGCCCUUCGAGCGGUGUUCAUCCAAAACAUCGGUGGCUCUCCGAAGGCAAGAAUCCAGCAAUUACUGAGAAAGAUGCUGCCGAAGACACGGUCAACCAUGAUGCUGACAGCCAGAGAAGCAGAAAAGGCGCAAAGUUUGGUGCCACUGCUGUUGUGGAUGGAGUACACCUACGUUGUCAUCUUUCCAGGCAUUGCGCUUACGGCUUGCUACUUCAUCGAUUACAGCAUGCGAAUUUGGCUUGCCCAGUUGGCAUUCAGCAUUCUUUUCUUCCUGUGGCAGCGCUACGUGAUGCUUUGGCUGUACGGGAAAUCCGAGUUUGACUCCGACGGGACAUACUUCUCCUUCAUUGUCGUAUGGGGCCUGGUGUUGUCGAUGGCUGCUUCUUCCUUUGCCUUUUGGGCAUAUCGGUUGGAUCAAAUCACCGAGCGACCCUUCGCCGUGUUGAUCUUCGUUCUCAUCUUCAUGCUGACUUAUUUCAUUUAUGUUGCUGGCAUCCUUGCGAUCGAGUAUCAUUUUAGGAAAAUGGGCAAGACUCUAGACGACGAGAAUGUGUCGGGUAACGAUCCUGGGUAUAUGGCGAUCAUGGAGAAAUCUGGCGUAUCCUGGUGGAAUACCAAUCCGAUUUAUGUGCUGAAGCAUCGCCUGUGCCCUGAUUUAGCAGGCUUCGAAGUGCAUCAGGAAUCGAGGAAUGGCUGGCCCGCAUGGUCAGACGAGGGCUUCUUCGAGAAGGGCAAGGAGUUCCGACACCGGCAAAGUGCUGCCGACCGGCUAGAUUCCGGUGGUGAACCUGCCUGA